AUGGCCAUUGAAAUUGAAAUGGGGGUUGUUGGCGCGCAUACAAUGGUGCACAGCAAGAUGAGUUGUCAUGUUGGAUUUGACCAUUGGAAUAGCCCAAAAGGCGGCGCAAAAUUGGGGAGUGGCUCCCGAAUCGAUCUUCAGAAGCCACGCCACAACGUCAUUGAUCCCUUUUACCAUCAAUGCCUCGCUUGUCGCGUGAGAAAUGCACAAUUUCUAGGUAUCGAUGAUGGACCAAAAACGACCACCAUGGAAUCCGAUGAACUUCCCAAUGGGGCGACGAAGCCAGGCUCGUCCAUCCAAGUUUCCCUCCGCCAUGACCGUACUCUUCUCAUGUUCGUCGUCCAGUCGCUGGUCAGACUGAUGCGUUCUCAGCUUGGAAAUCGCACACUAAAGCACGAGGAUGGCUCCAUCCGACUCAACCCGUCCAAGUCAAAGCUGAGUGGAUGCACACUCCGCGAACACACCGUUUGCGACAUGUACAUAUACGACAUAAUACCCCCGAAUAGACCUGAAAAGCCGUCCAGAAAGCGGAUAUAUUACUUUGCGGGAGGUAGCUGGCAGGAGCCGCCUUCACCACAACACUAUAAGUUAUGCGCAAAGAUGGCUAAAGAGAUGACCGAUACAUCCGUCUCCAUUGUCUCAACUCCGCUUGCACCCAACAAUCCCGCGCCGAGUUCGUUUCCCAUGUGCCUAAAAACAUAUCGCGCUCUCAUGACAGAGGCCGAGAAGGCGGGAGAAAGAGUCAUUCUAGCGGGCGACUCUUCUGGCGCAAACAUUGCACUAUGCCUUGUUCUCGAGGCCCUGAGAGAAGACAGCGAGCACCAACAAAUCGACACGAAGCAGCUUCCACAUCCCAUUGCCAUCAUGACUGUAUGCGCCUCAAUCGACCUGACGCGCAAAAACCCCGACAUCGAUAAGAUUGCGCCCAAAGACCCUCUUCUUACACCCAAGAUCAUUAGACAAACGGCAAAAGCGUGGCGUGGUGACUGGGAUGCUUCCGAUCGCCGGAUUUCUCCCAUUAACGCAGACAUCUCGCUGCUAGCCAAGAGCAACAUCAAAGUCCAUGGCAUCACUGCUGGGUAUGAUGUAUUGAGCCCCGAUGGUAUCAUACUGCGCGAGAAAUGCGCGCAAUCAGGCGUCAAGGGAGAGUGGGUUCAUUGGGAGAAGCAAAUGCAUUGUUUUGUCCUCACUAUGCCGUAUGGGCUAAAGGAAGCCAAAGAUGCGGUCCACUGGAUCAUUGAUAUCCUGAGUAGGGAUUGA